AUGCCUCUCCACUCCUCUCGCGUCCUCCCUCCUCUCUUCCUCAUCCCUCCUCCCCUUCCCUUCCCCCCUGACCUUGCCUGUCACUGCAUCAACUUCCCUUUCCUCUCACUGCCCUCUCCCCUUCGGCCUUGUCCCUCCCUCUCUGUCCACACUUUCAAAGUUCCCCGCUGCUCUCUCUCACCUUCUCCUCUGCUCGCACCUUCCUCUCUGCUCGCGCCUUCCUCUCUGCUCGCGCCUUCCUCUCUGCUCGCGCCUUCCUCUCUGCUCGCGCCUGCCCCUCCCCACCCCAGCAUCCCCAUCACGGACGGCCGGCUUAACCUGGGCACGUGGCAGGGCAUCUGGCUGUGCGAGCACCGGGACCACGGGGGCUCGCGCCGCCUCGUUCUCGCAGCUGCAGCAUUCCAUCGUGGCCGUUCGCGAAUAGGCUCCUCUGAGGGAAAUGCAGCGGCGGGUUCGCCGGGUGGGGGCGCGGCGAGUGCGCUGUUCGGGCUGUUCGGCGGGGGAAAGGAGAGAGAGCGCGAGAAGAAGCAGAAGGAGGCUUCUAUGGCGGCGCACGCCGAUGUGCCGGUUCCUUUCAGCGCUGACCUUCUCGCGGGAACCUUUUUGGAAGGCCGCGAGCUCGCGUGCUGCUACCGCGCAACGCAGGACGGCUUCUCCGCGUCCGCCUUCCACGCGCGCAGCGACUUCAAGGGCCCCGUCGUCGUCGUCGCGCUCGCGCCCUCCCCGUCCGCCUCCCCCUCCGCGCCCCUCGGAUCCUGGCUGCGCUUCGGCGCGUUCAACCCCGACGGCUACCGCAGCACAGACGACUAUUUCGACUCCUUCGACGCGUUUCUCUUCUACUGGCCCGACGCGCCCGCAUCGCCACCCUUUGCACCCAUCUCCACCACUGCAGAAACCGACGCUCCCGCUCCUUCCGCUGGCACCCCCCCAGGAAAAAAAACCCAGCUGAGGUGCACGUGGGAGGAGGCCGAGUGGGGCAUGCCGGAGCUUCUACGCAAGGUGGGAGGCAGCGGCGCGGCUGUAUUCGACUACGCACGUGGCGGCCCGCAGUUUGGCGCUGACGGGCUGUUGAUCGGCCCGCCGCUCACCCCCGUCAUGGGGGGCCUUGCUGGCCCGGACUCCAACUCGGGCGUGGGGGAUUUGAGUACGGCGCGGUCGCGGCUCGGGCUGUCGUAUGAGAAGCGGCGGGAUGGAGAGGACUCGGUGUUUGGGGGUGGGAGAGAGGCGAAGGUGGCGGAGGUGCUUGUGUUCUUCAGCCCUGAGAUUGCUCGCCUGUAUUGA